AUGAAGACCAGCUCCAUGCCGGUACCUCGCCAGCAACGGCGCCGGAAGGCUGCUGUGGUGGCUGCGGUUCUGCUUGUGGCCACCAUGACGGGGCUAAACCUUCGAGCGGUGGCACAAGAGCCAUCUGGCGCUACGGAGGAUGAGGACAAUCUUCAACGAGCGGAAGCCGUUGUGAAGCAGGGACUCUCCUUGGAGCAGGAAGGAGGGAAGCUCCAGGAUGAGGAGCGGAUCACUAUAGGCGAACGGAACCCUGACAAAGAUGAGAUCCUGGAGCGCGAGGAGAAAGUCUUGGAGAAUCGCGUGCGGCAGACGGAAUACCUCCUGGCAGAGCAGGAGGAGGAGCUAGACAAGCGCCUGUCGAAUCUCGGGGUGAGCAAGGCGCUCACCGACCGAGUGAAGAAGGUUCAGGAGGAGAAGGAGACGUUGCGCCUGGAAAGGCAGCGAUUGGUUACGGAGGAGCAAGCGCUCCGGAAGUCGGAGUUUCGACUGGAGGAGGCCUCCCAGGGGCGCGGCCGGUACUACCGGGCGUGCCCGGUAGGCUGA